UUGGCCGUGAGGGCAGAGACGCCGAGGAAGCCCGAGCCACAAAACAGAACACGCAGUAGCGCCGACAGAGCAGCAGCAGCAGCGACAGCAGGAUGACACGCUUGUCGAAUUGGUCGGCCCUCGGCUUCUGGCUUCUGCUGCUGCUGCUUUGCGGUCAGGCCGUGCUGGCCGCACCGGAGCGCAGGCACCGCGGCGACGGUUCGUGCCGGGCCGCGGGCAUGUGCUGUCCUGGACGCGACGCCUCGUGCGUGGUGCGCAAGAUGAUGACACACGCAUCCAUCGGCGUCACCGGCGGACCGAACGCUCUGGUCGAGGAGCGCGACGAGCAGUCCUGCUACUGCGACCACGCCUGCAUGCAGCUCGGAGACUGCUGCGACGACUUCAAAGAGUCGUGUGGAGUGUCGGACUGCCGGAUGUCCGAAUGGGGCCCGUGGUCCGAGUGUGACGCCGACUGUGGACCUGGAGGCAUGGGUCGCGAGCGCACCAUCCUAGAACAGCCACGGAACGGGGGUCUGUCCUGCGGUGAGCUACGCCAAAGGCGCGGUUGCUACGGACACCGGUGCAACAGCAAGCCUCAGGACAAGAUCCACAGAGAAACGGCACUGCUUCUGCCAGUGACGUUCUCCCCACUGCGUUCCAUGAACGAUUCGUACGACAUCCGACAGAACCUCAAGUACUUGCCCAAGAGUGAGCUAAGCAAGGAGAACAACAGUUCACGCAGCUACGUGGUGCUCUUCGAGGUGACCAAGUCACGCAAGGCCUGCGAGGCUCUGGAGUCGUUCAACCAGCUACGCGAGGGACAGCGGCUGUGCGUUUCCUGUGAGGUGACGGCCAUGCGCAAGCAUCUGGGACACCGCUGCACGGGGCACGGGCUCGAGGAUCGCACAUCGCGAUUCGCUGCACUCGGUCACCUGCACUGCCACGGCCGCUGGCAGCGUCUCGAGCGCACUGACAGAUGCGCAGAGGGUCGGCAGCCGGACUUCAUCUUCGUCUAGUCAGCUUUUCCCACUUCAUUAUUUUAAAACAACGCAGCCUACCAAAUGCAGACGAUCGGGCAGUCUUUGAGCAGCACAUAUGUGUCACAGGGUUGUGCAUGUCCUUUGCGUGGCACUCGUGGCCACAGCUGAUCAAUUUUGUCCCGCUCAUUAGUGGGAGACCCAACAAAGAAUGGUGCAGAAUACGACAGAAAAAAGUGUUUUGUUAAUAAUAUUACUUGGCAUUGACGCCAAAAUUGCCAGUCGUCACGACGGAUGUCACUCUUGCUAGAAGACGACAGAAGAACUGCAUAGGCCACGAUAAAAUUGACCCUGUUGCAAAAACACGAGGUAGACGCCACAGCUUCGCAUCAUCAACCCUACGUAGCAUUUUCUACCCUAGGCAUUCUGCCGCCACAACAAUAAGAAGCAAUAACCUGCUUGUCUUAGAUUCUUUUUUAAAUUUUUUACUGAAUUGUGCGAAACGAAACAUGGGUUCACAGGGAAGCUGAUGCAGGCGCCGCUUCCGUGAAGUUCCACACUUAAGAUCACUCACUGCCUCAACGAGAGUUUUAAUACGUUCUCGCCCAUUUUAUUUCGUGCUCUCGCUUAUCGCCAACAGAUUCGAGUGCACUCCGAUUUUAAAGUUAUUUUUGAAAAGUUGAGAUGCAUUAUUUAUUUCAUUCUGAGAUAUCAGGAUAUGGAAAGUUUCUAAGGUUAAUGAACCUGGAAUAUUGGGCAGCCGCUUGCAAGGUACAAUGAAUGUGUUAAGCGAAAUUGUUGGCAGGACUCAAAGCUCUGGUGUGUUGCCGAUCACCAAUGCAUCCACUGAGCGUUGACUGUUCGGCGACGAUACGAAAGUUCUUACAACGAGUCGGAGUACAGACCAAAGCCUAAGGGGCAAAUGAUAUCUGCCGUCUGAUGACGAAAUUAGCCGCCACUGCAAAGAAUAUUCGCGAAAAGGAACAGCAAUUAAAGCUGUGUAUAGGAUGUAGCUACCUUGUUACAGUCUUCUGAGAGAGAUUGACAGCGAUAUUAAGACUCCGAGCGACUGUCAGUGGUUCAUGGAAUUCCGAAAAAUAAAGCAGUCACUCUAAGAUCAUGAACUUACACUGCCGGCAAACACCCGGAUCAUUUAUUUUUUGAAAACAGGCAGACAUCUUUAGGUUGCCUGAUGUCGAAUACAUCGAAGUAUUUGUUGCCACACCAAUGAUCAUCUCGCAGCUCUUUAGAGAACACACCAUCCUGGAUUAAUUAGCUCUUCAGGCUAUGUGUGCGGGGAACGUAUUUCUUCAGAAAAUAUUUCGAGACCUUGUUAAUUAGUUUGCAACUAAAAUAUGAUGCAUUUAAUUUCAUUCAUUUUAUGCAUCGUGUUAUGUAUACAAUUAGAAAGAUUGCAUGAGGCGGGCGAGCAGUAGCUUUAUGUCGUUUGCUACAUAACAUCGUUUUGACGUCGUAUUUUACAACGAAUAAUAUUCUUCCCACUUUCAUCAAGCGUGCGCAGCAAGCUAUACAGCCAUAUUAAAAAAGAACCCCAGUUACGCUACACAAUUCACAAGCUUUCUCCUUGUUUGGGCGCAGUAAUCCACCGCCUCACAAUAUAAUGUACUCGCUAUUACUUCUCACUACUUCAAGUUCGAUAGCAACUUAGCAAGGUAUUCUGAAUUGUGCCUUCGUUUUAUGAAAGCACAGUAAUUUGCUUGCUUCGACAAGCUUGUAGGCGCCGAGUAUGCAUAGACAAUCAAAGACACCGCAGUCUCAGGGCAUAAGACUUGCCUCUUGUGGAAGCGGUCAUAGUCCUUACCUUUACAACAAAAUGCGAACAAAAUGAAAAUAGAGUAAUUGAAUACAACAAAAUUUUUUAUAGGGACAUGAAGGGACCACUUGAGUAAGAGCCAGUACCACAACUUCACAGAUCAGACAAUCUUGCUUUUCUAAUACACUCCGAAACUUGAAGCAACAGAUAAAGUGUUCCUAUUGAAAUCGAUGAAAACAUGAGUCAUUAAUAAUGAAAGCAUGAAUAUUCGUAAGAUGAAUUAUUUGAGGGAAAACAUUUUGAGAAAGUAGUUACAAAAAAUGCACUGUCAUCAACAUUUCACAUACAUACCUUGUAUUUGAGAACGUUUUGGAGAAAAAGAAGCAGAACGUUGUUGGUCGCGAACAUAAUUAGUUAUCUUAAAUGUAAUGAAAUCAGAUCUCAGCUUUUCCGUUGCCUGGUUGCACGCGAUGUCGCUGCUUGUUCAACUUUUGGUGCUCCUUUAUUUUUAUGGGCCAAGUACUCAUAUACAGCUCAGAAUUCAGCCUACAGUGCCUUUUUUUACACUUGUUGGUGUUAGAAGUGUCCUUAGACUAGCCAAUGUCAAUAAACAUUUUUACUAUUUCUG